UAACUCUUUUUCUUUUUCCCGAUAUCAGAUAAAUCUUUUUCUCGGCGACGGUGACAAAUCUUCGUCUCAAGGAGAAAAAGAAGAGAAGCUAUGACAACAAUCAGUCUUCGCAAGACAAACACUAGGCUCCCACCGGAGGUGAAUCGCGUGCUCUACGUUCGCAACCUUCCCUUCAACAUAACGAGCGAGGAGAUGUACGAUAUCUUCGGCAAGUACGGUGCGAUUCGCCAGAUUCGGAUCGGUUGCGACAAGGCGACGAAAGGCACGGCUUUCGUGGUUUACGAGGAUAUCUACGACGCCAAGAACGCCGUCGACCAUCUCUCCGGCUUCAACGUCGCGAAUCGAUACCUAAUCGUGCUUUAUUACCAGCACGCGAAGAUGAGCAAGAAGUUUGACCAGAAGAAGAGUGAAGAAGAGAUUACCAAGUUGCAGGAGAAGUAUGGAGUCUCUACCAAAGAUAAGUAAAUUGUCUUCGAUUCCAUGUUCCUUUGGUCGUCCUGCAAUUUAGGGUUUUUAAUUGGGGGAAGAUGUGAAACUCUUUUUGUAUGGAAUUUGGUGGAUUUGAUUAUCUACGUUUGCUCUUUUGUCUUUUACAUCCACCAAGCAAUGGAAAAAUACAUCUUUUAACUCCAAAUUUAGCUAUUACGAAAUUAUGUACUUUGAUGCA